CGUUUCGUUAAGUUUAGGAAUUCCGAAAUUUCCAAUAAAUUUCUCUAUCAUACUUCCGUAUUUAAUAACUGCUUUCUCUGUCCUCAUUCCUCAAUGGCUGUAAGAGCGAGGAGGUGUGUGUAUAUAUAUAGAGAGAAGAAUCAGAGAAAGAAGUAGAAGAACCCACGAAAGUGCCUUUAAUUUCAGCGUUUCCCGAACUGUCACUCGAUAAGAUAUAAGAAGAUAAGCCUCUGAGUUUAUUGGGAAUGACUGGUUGAUUCUCAAGGAAAUCUUCUCUUUCGUAUUCUGUGUGGGGUUUUAUAAGGUUUUUCCAUCUUCCCUUCUCUCAUGGUCGAUUUUUGCAUAUUCUUAUUGAUAUGAAAGACAGAAUUUAGCAAUGAAAUUGGAGGAACCUGGAAAGGAGUGGAGAUAUGUAUAUGUAAUAUAAGCAGGGAAACGUUUUGUUUAAAGGCAUUUCUGUAAGGAUGGCUGAUGGGUAUUACACCUCUAAGAAGAGUGAUGAUGUGUGUGAAGAUGUUUGUGGCCAGGCUUCUCCUGGAGCACCAACCAUGGCAAGAGUAGUUUGCUUGCUCAGAGGAUUGGAUAUAAAAGCCAUUUUCUUUUUGUUUGUGAUUGUUCCAACAUGCAUGGUUGGCAUAUAUGUACAUGGGCAGAAGAUUACCUAUUUCUUCCGACCACUCUGGCAAUCUCCCCCGAAGCCUUUCGUUCAUUUAACUCACUAUUAUCACGAGAAUGUGUCGAUGGAGAGUCUUUGCAAUCUUCACGGCUGGGGCAUUCGGGAAUAUCCGAGGCGUGUCUUUGAUGCAGUUCUAUUCAGUAACGAGGUAGACAUGCUUAAGAUCAGAUGGCAAGAGUUGUAUCCUUUCAUCACGCAAUUUGUUCUUCUCGAAUCAAACUCGACUUUCACCGGGUUGCACAAGCCUUACUUUUUUGCAAAUAACCGCGAGCAGUUUGGCUUUGUUGAGCCCCGGCUGACCUAUGGAGCGUACGGGGGAAGGUUUAAGAGAGGCGAAAAUCCAUUUAUUGAAGAGGCGUAUCAGAGAGUUGCCCUCGACCAGCUUCUCGGGAUAGCUGGUAUAGAAGACGAUGAUUUGCUGAUUAUGUCGGAUGUUGAUGAGAUACCCAGCAGGCACACGAUCGAUUUGUUAAGGUGGUGUGAUGAAAUUCCCCCGGUUCUUCAUCUCCAACUGAAGAACUAUUUGUAUUCGUUCGAAUUUCAAAUCGAUCAUGUCAGCUGGAGAGCUUCAGUCCAUACGUAUCAGAGAAAGAAGACGAGAUUUGCACAUUUUCGCCAGUCCAACUACCUCUUCUCGGAUUCAGGUUGGCAUUGUAGCUUUUGUUUCCCCCACAUUUCGGACUUCAUAUUCAAGAUGAAAGCCUACAGCCACAACGACAGAGUGAGGUUUUCGCAUUUUCUGGACCCGAAAAGAAUUCAAGACAUCAUCUGCCGCGGAGCUGACUUAUAUGACAUGCUUCCCGAGGAAUUCACAUUCAAGGAUAUCAUUGGGGGGAUGGGACCUAUCCCUCAUUCUUAUUCAGCAGUUCAUCUUCCUUCUUAUCUUCUGAACAAUGCAGACACUUACUCAUAUCUUUUGCCUGGAAAUUGCCAGAGAUUAGGUGGCUAGGCAUGCUUGUACAGUUCUGUAAGAGCAUUUUUCUUAACAUGGGAGGGGUCAUUGAUCUGGUGGCAUGAAGUAUUCUUCUAUACAGUUAAGACAACCAACCCUAUAUAUAUCCAACUUAGGAGAUCUUUCAGGUGAAAUUCUUAAACUCAUAUUGUUGGUGUUCUUUCAAGAAGACAAGGGUCCUGUUUGGUACAUAGUUAGAUUAUUAAUCAAUUUUGGUUUAUUUAACCAUUAUUA